AAUUGUGGUUAAUUGUGACCUAUCAGCACUUAAUUGUAGUUAAUUGGGCUUAAUUGUGGUUAAUUGUGACCUAUCAGCACUUAAUUGUAGUUAAUUGGGCUUAAUUGUGGUUAAUUGUGACCUAUCAGCACUUAAUUGUAGUUAAUUGGGCUUAAUUAUAAUCAUUAUAUACUAAUUAUAUACUAAUUAUAUACUAAUUAUAUACUAAUUAUAUAUUACAUACAAUUACAUGGUUCAUAUCUAGCGCACUUAUCAUAAUAGUGUAUUUGAGUGUCAACAGAUGGCGACACUUUCAUAUUCUAUUUAGAAUAAUUUUCAUUCUUUUCCACCAUCUUUGUUGUUUACUUAUGAUAACUAAUCAUUGUUAAUUGUUUCAUUAAAUUCAUUAAUUAAAACUUAUUAUCUUUCAUUAUAAUGAAUAACCCUAUUGAUAUUCAAUAUCACCAAUUCAUUGAAUCACUCAGUGAUGAGCUCAAUGCUCCUGGUCCCAUGGCUGUAAAGUUUAGACGAUUAACUACUAUCAUGGAACGAUUUUCCACUUGGACCCCUGAACAGCAGGAUGUAGGCAGGGUUAUGAUUAAUAGCCAAUUAUUACAUUUAACACGAGAAUGUGUUCGGAUAAGGACCAGGUCACUCAACAAUUCAAUGGACCAAUUGUUAGAGCAGGUCAACCAAAUGGACAAAUUGUUCAACGAAGAAGCGCAGAAAAAUGAGGCUCUUCAUAGAGAGAAUGAACAAUUAAGAGCCAUGCUGAAAAUUAAGGAAGGGGAUGAAGGAAAAGAGGAGAUAAGUUUCCUCACUUGGGUAAUGGAAAAGAUGAAGAAAGAAUUUUCCGUCAACACCCAAAAGUACAAAGAAAACCCUCGAGGGCUUUAAAUACAUUGUUUUCCAUUUUCAUAUUCAUUAAAAUCAAUUAAUUUCGUUAAAUGUAACUUUUUAAAAAAUUUAAAUUUCGCGCGCAAAAAUUUCCCAGAGAAAAAAUUCAGCAAA